AUGAAGGAGUUCGAUGGCUGCACCGAGCGUGAGUGCCUUGUGCGUGCACGGCAGAAUUUCCAUUGUGCUACGGAUGUCGGAUCUACAGGUUUGCUGCAGGUUGAGAGCUUGUUCGGGGGAUUCAAUGCAGACCCCACAAUCGCUUCUUCGAGCGCCGCUAUGGUCCAAUAUAUGUCCACAUCGACAUGGCUUGAGGUGUUUCUGACAAAGGUUCUCGGCCUCGGCAAGAAGCGCGUUCCCACAAAAGAAGUGGUUAAACGAGGAGAAGAAGAAGAGAGAGAGGGGGAGAUAGAGAGGGAGAGGGAGAAACCGAGAGUUGCUGUGAAGGUAUGCCUACCGCGCUCGGGACAAGUUGCGGCGCUCCCUGUCUGA